GCGCAUUGGGCUUUCGCAGCCGGCUUUGCCGUGCAAGGAGUGAGAGGCGCCCGUGCGCGCCUCGGGCCCGAGGAGGACUUUGACGUUGCGGGCCGGCUACGUAGCCGGCCGUACAUGCAGAAACCAUGACAACUUCAGGAAAAGAAAACUUUCGACUGAAGAGCUAUAAAAACAAGUCUCUGAAUCCUGAUGAAAUGCGUCGCCGGCGUGAGGAAGAGGGCCUUCAACUACGGAAGCAGAAAAGAGAGGAACAGCUAUUUAAACGUAGAAAUGUCGCCACAGCUGAUGAAGAAGCAGAGGAAGAAGUUAUGUCAGAUGGCGGGUUCCAUGAAACUCAGAUGAAUAACAUGGAAAUGACAUCUAGUGCAGUGAUUACAUCUGAUAUGACUGAGAUGAUUUUCUCCAAUAGUCCAGAACAACAGCUCUCAGCUACCCAGAAAUUCCGAAAACUUCUCUCAAAAGAACCAAAUCCUCCUAUAGACGAAGUCAUCAGUACACAAGGUGUGGUAGCAAGGUUUGUGGAAUUCCUCAAACGGAAAGAAAACUGCACUUUACAGUUUGAAGCUGCCUGGGUACUGACGAACAUUGCUUCUGGAAAUUCCCUUCAAACUCGGAUUGUGAUUCAAGCAGGAGCUGUUCCUAUCUUCAUAGAACUGCUCAGCUCAGAAUUUGAAGAUGUGCAAGAACAGGCUGUUUGGGCUCUUGGCAAUAUUGCAGGUGACAGUACUAUGUGUAGAGACUAUGUGCUUGAUUGCAACAUCUUACCCCCUCUAUUACAAUUGCUUUCCAAACAGAAUCGUCUUACCAUGACACGAAAUGCUGUGUGGGCACUCUCUAACCUUUGCAGAGGGAAGAAUCCUCCUCCAGAUUUUCUUAAGGUAUCUCCCUGUCUGGGUGUGCUCUCAUGGCUGUUGUUUGUCAAUGACACGGAUGUUUUAGCUGAUGCAUGUUGGGCGCUCUCAUACUUGUCUGAUGGACCCAAUGAUAAAAUCCAGGCUGUGAUUGAUGCAGGAGUUUGCAGGAGGCUUGUGGAGUUGCUAAUGCACAAUGACUACAAAGUGGUAUCUCCCGCCUUGCGAGCAGUUGGGAAUAUUGUUACAGGGGAUGACGUCCAAACCCAGGUUAUACUGAAUUGUUCAGCACUGCAAAGUUUAUUACACUUGCUAAGUAGUCCUAAAGAAUCAAUUAAAAAAGAAGCAUGUUGGACAAUAUCAAAUAUCACAGCUGGAAACCGAGCCCAGAUCCAGACUGUCAUAGAUGCCAACAUUUUCCCAGCUCUAAUAAAUAUUUUACAAACUGCUGAGUUUCGGACAAGAAAAGAAGCGGCUUGGGCUAUCACUAAUGCAACUUCUGGUGGCUCUGCUGAGCAAAUCAAGUACCUGGUAGAACUUGGCUGCAUCAAACCACUCUGUGACCUCCUUACAGUGAUGGACUCAAAGAUUGUGCAGGUAGCACUUAAUGGGCUGGAAAAUAUCCUGAGACUUGGCGAGCAAGAAGCCAGACGAAGCGGCACUGGCAUUAACCCUUACUGUGCACUCAUUGAAGAAGCCUAUGGCCUGGAUAAGAUUGAGUUCCUGCAGAGCCAUGAGAAUCAAGAAAUCUACCAGAAGGCCUUCGAUCUGAUUGAGCAUUACUUUGGGACAGAAGAGGAGGACAGCAGUAUUGCUCCACAAGUAGAUCUUGGCCAACAACAGUACAUCUUUCAGCAGUGUGAGGCUCCCAUGGAAGGCUUCCAGCUCUGAGGUGCUCCUGUGUGCUGUGUUGCUCUGCCCAGCCAGUCCUAAUGUAGAGCUCCGAGUUGGUCCUGUUUUCCAUAAAUCUGUGUGAGCUCAUUUGUUGCUUUGCGCACACACUUCCUUAAACACAACUGGAAAACAUUUGGCUCUUAGUUGUAGGAUGCCACUUUGGUAAGGGCUUACCAUAACUGUUGUGCCCAUCUCUCCGGAGCUGGAGCGCCUCUAUAAAAGUGUCAGUUUUUCCCAAUGAAGUAUACACUGAAGUGGUAUAACCCUAGAUUCUAAAAACAAGGGUGGAGUUUCUGUGUGUGUGUGUGUAUUGCAGUGCUCUUGCUGUCCACAGGGAGGCUUUGAGAGACCCUUUCUGCGCGGCUCCUUUGGGUGCCUGCCUCAUUCAGUGAUUUAAGAGAAUUAUUUAAUGCUCACACAGAAUAUGAAUGGUAGUGAUUUUGUGUGUGGCAGCCUCAGUUCCAGUUUAUAUAUAUAAAUAUAUACAUAUGAUACUUACAGAUAUUGGAAUGAGCUCUUUGUUCCCUGCACUUAUAGCUGCCAAUGAAUAAGCUUCUCCAGGUUCUAACAACACUGAAAUAUUGUCAGCAAGGUGACAUCUAUGCUGCUAUUUUGACUGCAUGGGAUUUGGAGUUCUUUUCUAUCUGCACAAGGAAUGGGGAACUGCCCAUCUCUCUGUACAUUCCUAGCAGCACAGCCAGUACUCUCGUGAAGAUGCCCUAAAUUGUGCCAGGGAUAGAGGAACUUCACUGCUCAUCUACCACAGCAUAAAUUGGCUUUCUCUGUGUUCAAACUGAACUUUCCUUUCAUGUUUUGAAAUUGGCCCUCAUUAACAUCAUUACUGCUGGAAAUCUCUGCUUGAGUUUUUGUACUGCUUGGUCAAACAGGGCUCGGUCAAAUUUUUGUUGUGCAUUCUUAAUAUGCUAAACUAUUGAUGCAAGGAAGUUAUGAGUUCCCUGGGAUCCAUCUCUCUCAUGAACUGUAGCUUCUAAGACAGGGCACAAAGAAUACUUGGGCUUUAGCAGCUUCAUUACAUGCCAACAAAUCUGCCUAAUGGAAUCUAACCCUCUCAAGUGAGGUCUGUAUUUCACAGCUACACUACAAGCACUUCAGUUGUGAAAUCAUCUGCCUAACUUCAGUUUGCACCUCUCAUUUAGUCCUCACUACAAACAGCUGAUCUCUGAUGAAACAGCACUUCAACUUCCUGCAACAGCCUAGUGUGUCACGGCAGUUUCCAUGUAUUUGUAGAAUGCACCAAGGUUGUGGCUCUCCAGAUUGCUUGGACUGAAGGCAUUGGAUAUGAAUGCCUUGAUCAUCAUCUUGCAUUCCAAUGCCAGCUGACUGUGGCAGCACAGUAUUAAUUUAACAUAUCAGCAGUGUUGUUUUUCUGUGAAUGCUCAGAUAUUCUAGGGGGCUUGCACCCUCUCCCAAAUUAGGUAGUGGCUUAAGUCACUGUGACCUUAAGAAAACAAAUGUUCAUCCAUAAUUCUGUUAUCAGAAUUGCCCGAUGGAGCAUUCAUGUUACAAUCAACAGAAGAUAACUAAAAUCAACCACAAAAAAUCUACUUUGUCAAACUGUUAAGAGGUCUUCUCUCAUCAAAGUUUUGUGAGAUUCUCUCAUGGAAGCCCUCAGUUACCCCUUUGAUCCAUUAUCCAGCAGCCUCUACUUUCAAGUUACUUUAAUGUAGUGUUCUGUUACACUGAAAUAACAUUUUAGGUCACCAUUGUCAACUUCUCUUGGGCUUCUUUUGUUUUAGGACUUUAAGGUCUAACCUGAAAUGGUGGGGAAUCUGUUUUGCAAUAAAUUAAUCUCCAAUUAUGUUUGUUGUUCGUGGGGAGGGUCCUUUAUGGGGAAAAGAAUCCAUGGCUCACUUUGAUAUGCCUCUGUCACAUAAGCAAGUCUGGCAACAAACGAUACAUGUUGUCUAUGUGAGCCUUAACUGGCUGGGAUUGCCUUGAGAAGUCAGUGAACUGCUUUGUGCAAAAUGUUGGUUUAUUUAACCCAUUGGUUUUUGAAUUCUGGGUUACGCUAUGUGAACCUGGCCUGACUGACCAUAGUUUAUUAGCCACAAAAAAUCCAGGGAGGCAACCCAUGGUUUGUUACUGGUUGUUACUCAUAAGUUGUUCUGCCAGGCUAUAAAAGCAGUGAGCAAGAGCGGUCAAAAAGCAGCUCUGCAUGCUUUAUUGACCACUGCAAAAGCAUUUGGGAUAUAGAAGGGGAGCAGGCAAAGGAGGAGGGAAACAAACUACCCCGGAACUGAGAAAACAAUGGUUUAUUCUACCAUUGGGUGGACAAACCUUGGAUAGGGCAAAAAACCAUGGGUUAGCAUUAUGAACAAGCCGGGUCCCUGUUUAUUAAACCUGUUUCAAGAAAAAAUGGCACCACAGCUACACAUGUAAGGAAGACACAGGUACAAGCAAGGAAGCAAACAGUGUGCAAGAAAGAUAAAUUGGGGCAAGGAACUGGGGUUUACAAAACUUUUUGUGGGCGAAAGUGCAUUGCAACCCAUUUUUAAAAAAAAAAAUUAGAUGGGUAAUCUUUAAAAAUAACAAUGUUGCCUUUAUGUCCCAUAGCUAAUAAUCAUGUUUGUUUCUUAAAGGGUGGUAGAAGCACUGAUGAAUAGCAAUCUUGUUUCAGCUUCCAGAUUUUUUUGUGGCUGGGUUUUUUAAAAUGUAAAUUACCAAUGACAUGUCAUUUCUAUAAGGUUUGUUUUAAAUCAUGUACUUUAUUUGAUAGGUUUUGGGUUGGGGGGAAGCUACGUGUUUUGUAAGCCAACUUCAGUAAAGCGUAUGUGUGAUACUGAAAUAUCACACAUACACCAAUACUGAUAGUGUGUAUAUGUGUAUGCAUACCUAGAGUACAUAUGCAUGUACACACUCCUCUAGUGUGUUUGCUAAUGUGUAUGUAUAUAUGUAUAUUUACACACAUCCUUUAUCUUUCUCACACUGAAAGUUUUUCUUCCAAGCUAGUGAGAAUGUGGUGCAUUGGUGUUCCUGCUAGGAAAUGACAAUUCUCUCUUUAAAGGGGUGAAUUAAACCAUAAAUACAUUCAAUGAAA